AUGUCCUCACAAGCCUCGCUGCCGCUGGGAAUGCACCUGCGCAGCCCGGUGACUCACAAUUUUCUGACGAACGAGCGGUGGAAACCGGGUGAAAAGUACCAAGAAGGACGCACCGCGCGCGACUUUGCCUUCAUUGACUCCGGGUCCGGGCGCUCCAAAUCGUCGUUGCUCUUCGCCUCCAUCUUUCGCACUUUCUACGAGCACCCGGACUGGUCGCAGCUGCACGCCUUCUUCGCCAAGCGCUACGGCCGCAGCCAGAUGCUCGUCGACCGCGAGGCCCGCAAGCUCGGCGCCCCCGACGGCACAAUCCGCCAGUCCGCCAAGAAGGUCACCACCAACUUCAGGACCGACCCCGGCAGUGUUGGCCUGCCAAGCGACUUGGCCCCGCAGCUGGCCGCCGCGGGGCGCGCCGUCCGCGCCGGCAUGCUCGGUCCGGACCCACAGACCGCCGCCAUCGGCCCCGCUAUCAGCUUAGCACUCGGCGCCGGCGGGUACAUGGACCUCGUCUACGCCGGCGAGCCGCCGGGAAAGUACCCGACGCGCCACCUCAUCGGCUCUGAGCUGUACGGCUGGCAGGGCGACAGCUUCCGGCCCGUCGCGGGUGCCACGUCCGUCGCCAGGAAGGGCGGCCGCGGGCGGUGCUGGGCCGAGUGGGCCGCGCUCUGGUCCGUUGUCGCCGAGUGGGUGUACGAGCACGACGCGACGUCGCUGGAGCACCUCUUCCUCAACGGGCACAGUUACAAAUACAGCCUAAGCAGUGAGGAGAGAGCGAGCGUGCCCGUCGGCGCGAAGGUCCCGCGCAAGUUUCUCGCCACGGACGCCAUCGACGCCGCCGACGCUGUGCGGGACGUCUUCAAGCAGCUGGCCGAGAGCCCGAACAAGUUCCACGGCAUUGAGUGGGACUAUCUCGAGCUCAACGUCAAGGAAGAGGUGCGGGAGAAGUUUUACGAGCGUUUUGGGCGCCGCGACCCGGACGCGAGGAAGAACGUCGAGGGCCUGACAAGGUCCGUGGGGUUGAACAGCUGGAGCCGACUCAGCUACGACGAGGUUAGCCCCGUGGCGCUUAAGCAGUGUCCCGAAUUCUUCAACGGGCUCGACUGGGAGUCUUGGAUGCUUUCCAUCGAGGGCGGGGAUGUUGUGGUGGUCAACACGCCCUUCCAGGCGCUUUGGGCGGUGAUACUGCUUUCGCAGCUUCCGGUCAACAUCAAGAUCGCCGACGCCGAUGACAAAUUCCGGAGACACCGCGAGCCGGACACUGUCUAUCUGUGA